AUGGAGGGUUAUUUUACUAGCAUAGCUCCCGCAGCCGUAGGAAUCGUCGCUUUAUUUAUAAUUGUGCGUAGGUUUUUGGCCAUUGACAAGACUAACAGUCCUGACGCUUUCGAUUUUGAACCGUCGGUGUGUGAAGAUGGCAAACUGCAGAGACCGCUUGGUAUGUUUGAGAAAACUUGCCAGUUUUUGUCUGCCUUGAAUGACGGCUCUGGAAACGAUAUCACUGUCCUAAUUGUAAAGUCGCGCGUUUCAUUGAACCCUGAUAUGGUGAAGAGAGCUUUGGUUUUGGUCCAGGAACGCUACCCUCUGCUACGCAUGAGAGUGCACGGCUUGACAUCGAAGUUCAAGGAGAUGAAAGACCAUUUUAAGGUCGAUUUCAAAACUAUGAACUACUAUGAUCCACAAGAAUGGGUCCAAGCAUUUGAAGAGGAAAGUCUUAUUCCGUUUGACUUGGAUCAAGGACCACUAUGGCGAGUGUCGAUGCUGAAAGAACACUUUGAUGGACACCAUUAUGAGAAUAGUUUGCUGUUUAGUUUCCAUCAUAUCAUAUGCGACGGAACCUCCAUUAUGGCAUUGUAUAACACUUUCCUCCAGUAUCUUAAUGAUCUGCAGAAUAACAAUGACGUUGACGUUGAAAGUAUGGCUUUGAAUCCUCCUCUAGCUCACUUCAUAGGUCAUAAGCUUCACUCAAGUCUUUUGGAGAAGUGCCUCUUUAAAAUGUUACCAACUUUAAUAAAGAUCAAAAACAUGCUCGUGAAACCAGCUCAAAAUAUCUCUUUGGCAACAUUCCCACCACCAAUCUUGCAGGAUCCAUCAAUCGUCAAGAGAACAAGCGUCAUUCCAGCAGUUUUGAGGAAAGAUGAGCUCUCACAACUGCUAAUGCUCGGCAAGAAACAUGGGUGCACGUUUCAUAGCGUUAUUACUGCUGCAACUCGUCUUGCCAUGGCACAAAUCCUGAAUACAGGCUCUGUGAAGUCAAAGUCUGACAUGUCCCCACACCCGCUGUACAAAAAAUCACCCCACAAGAUUUUAGGGACUUUGCGAGAGAAUGUCAAUGCAUUAAUAAAGAAAUUAGUUCAGAGUGACGACCGUUUUAAGUUUUUAAAAUUCGUCGGAAAUAGUGAUUUGGUUAAAGAACUGAUGUCUCUGGAGGAUUCCUCUAUUUGCGGCCGUUACGAUUUAGCAUUCAACAUUUCCAACAGAGGUCGCUUUGCCAUUGGUGAGCCAACCGAUGUUUUCCAGUUUGGUGGCACGUACUUUGCCAUGGCUGAGCAAACUAGAGGUCCGCCAUUUUGUCAUAAUGUUGUGUCAGUGAACGGUGAUUUGUACUGGGGAUUGGUUUAUUAUCCCCAUAUUAGCACCAAAGAACAAUCCCGGCGCAUUCUCGAACUGUCCUUGGAUAUUCUGAAAGUGGCAGCCUCAUCUAUGGAAUGA